CUGUGGGGAGCCAUCUCCACUAAUGGGUCAUCAGCGUUCCACUCAUAGAAUCACCUCAUCCCAUUGUAGAUGCUCCACCCAGGGGGAGGAACCAAACAUUCCUAGCUGGAUAGAAUCUGAGGCCUGGAGCACCACAGGAGCACUACCACUGCAUUCCCAGAGGACAAGAGCUCCAUAACCACCAUGGGACCUCCAGAGAAGGACCAGAUCUUUCUAGAGGAUCACUGCUUUGACAGAACCACAUCCAUCACUCCAACAGCCCCCAUCUAAUCAGACUGCUCCCACCACCCUGACCAACAGGCUCUCAGGUCAUACUCUGACUCUGUCAGUCUAAGCCAGUGCUUCUGUACUACUGCCUUUACUUGAAUUUUCCUAAUUAAUUGUAGUUGUGGCUUGGAAUCUCCUGCUGCUUUGCUCUCAAGCUGGAACAUUUCUGGUGCCCAGAGUGGGGCACCCCUGGAGGAUGGUGGCAGUGAAGCACAGUGCUCUCUCCUUGCAGGCUCAUGGUGAGGACUCGGACCCGCAGCGGGAUGGAGAGGCCGGCACAGAGGGGAGCGAUGGGGGAAAGCACGGGGAGAAGGGAGGCCUGGUGUCAGCUGGGCAUGGAGAAGGGGAAUUCACCCACCUGGAUGGGGAUGGAGGGUACAAAGAGGAGGAUGAUGGGAACAGCAGGCAGCCAGAAGAUGAUGAUUUACAGACUGAAAAACCUGAGGCAGGUGACCUAAAGGAAUUCCAAGAAGUGGAGGAAAGAGAUCCUCAGGAACUGGUUGCUUCUGUUGCAGAGAGAGUGUGGAACAUGUCUUCAGAUAAGAUCAAAAUCCCUCCUGAGCCUCUUGGCAGAUGUCUUAACCAAUUGCAGGAUGAAAUUAAAAAGCCGUACGAGAGGAAAAUGAAAGAGAGCAUGGAUAUGAACUACAUCAUCCAGAACAAAAAGGAAUUUCACAACCCCAGCGUCUAUGAAAAGCUGAUCCAGUUUUGUUCCAUUGAUGAAAUUGGUACAAAUUGCCCAAAGGCCAUGUUUGAUCCUCAUAGCUGGUCAGAGGAUUCAUAUUGCGAGGCACUAGCUAAAGCCCAGAAGACUGAGAUGGACAAAUUGAAGAAGGCCAAGAAAGAAGGUACAAAGAUUGAAUUUGUGACUGGCACAAAAAAGGGUACAGCAAGAAGCGCUGGUUCCACAACCACCACAACAUCCAGCACCACUGUGGGAGAUGCCCAGAAGAAGAGGAGGAGGAGCAAGUGACACAUGUUGAGGAAGGGUCUCAAAGAAUGACUCAUAAAAUCAUAUAAUCUCAUUGUGAGCUCCCCCACCUUGAGAGGAGGAACCAAACAUUCCUAGCUGGAUAGAAUCUGAGGCCUGGAACACCACAGGAGCACUACCACUGCAUUCCCAGAGGACAAGAGCUCCAUAACCACCACUGGACCGACAGAGAAGGACCAGACCUUUCUAGAGGAUCACUGCUUUGACAGAACCACAUCCAUCUCUCCAACAGCCCCCAUUUAAUCAGACUGCUCCCACCACCCUGACCAACAGGCUGUCAGGUUGUACUCUGACUCUAUCAGUCUAAGCCAGUGCUUCUGUACUACUGCCUUUACUUUAAUUUUCCUAUUAAAUUGUAGUUCUGACUUGGAAUCUCCUGCUGGGUUGCCU